AUGCGUGAGGCGAGUUGCUGCCGCGAGAGGGGCCGAUCUUUCUUUCGCCUACCGGACGACGUCGACGCGCGCCAGCGGCAGGCGCGGCUCAAGGAUCAUUUCCUGAAGCCGCCCAGGCAGGAGAUCCGCGGGGCGUCGCAGCGCCAGGCGGCGCGCCUGCGCGACGCCCGUGCGGCUCGCUGGCCGAGGCGCCGCUUCUACGCGCCUUCGCGGGCCGCGGGCAGACGCGAUGGCGUCGGCCAGCACAUGGUGGCCACUUCUGCCACCGCCUGCCAGUGGCGCUGCGUGGCGUUGCGCCUGGUCAGCGCCGCCAGUUUUCGCCCGCCCGUGGCGACACAGACUGCGGUAGGUGUUGUGCCGGGCGCGCUCAGCGAGCGCUUUCGUGGCGCGGAGCCCGAGAGCGCGCAGGAGCUGCGGGACGGCUUCCGGCAGUUCCUAGCCCUCGGCGGCUGGGACGCGGCGCGCGCGGUCGCCCGGAGGUUGGGCGUCCCCACGCAGGGACGCCUUCGCGGGGUCCGCCGCGAACUGGAGGCGGCGCUGGACGGACUCAGCGACGCCGCUUUCCGGCGGGUCGUGGCCCGGGUGGCCACGGACGAGGGGUACAGGGAUCAGUCCUGGAACCUGACGGCCACCUUGGAGAACCCCCGCUCUGGGUUCGAAGACGGGGACUUAGAGCAGCUGGCUGGUGCCAAGAGGCGGUCGGAGCGCCUUACUGUGCGCGAUCCAGCUGAGGGGGGGUGGGAGGGUGGGCGCGUGGUGUACGUCUCCAGCGGCGAGGCGCGCAAGCUAGUCGGGGCAGACUGCCAGUACUGGCAGGUGCGGCGCAAUGACCUGGGCGGGUGGGUAGGCGACGAGCAGGCCAGGACGUCCCUGAGGCAGCAGCGCGCCGGCACGGAGAAGUGGGAUAUGGUACGAAGGAGAUCGUCGGUGAUGUUCGCCGUGUCUGCCUUCAAGGACGCCGCUGCAGGUUCACCGGCAAUCUCAUCUCGAGCUCCAGAGGCGCUUCCUGUACUACCUGAGGAGGGCGACGCCGAGGCCCGCAGACCGAAGUCGAGCUCGAGUUCUGGACGACGAUCAGUGGAGAGGAGUGGGCGGUGCAGCAUGCAGGGCCUCCACGACUGGCAGGCGGCGGUGGUCGCCAAGGCCACCGCGCGGCCCCACGGCCGCCGCUCGCUGGCGCGCUCGAACAACUCGCAGUGCUCCGCGGACACGGCGGCCCGCUCCGAGCGCUCCGAGCGCUCGACGGUGGGCCCCUGCGGCCGCCGGCUCGACAGGCCGCUGCCGCGGCGCGGGACGGGCCCCUGA